GCGCGCCUUUUCCCGCGGUUUUAUGCCCGCCACCAUUCGAAACUUUCAAAAUUUUCGUAAUACGUUGUGAUUUUUUUUCAAUGAAGAUGAUAAAUUUUUUAGAAGAAUCACUUUAAAAAAUAUGGAACAUUUUGUAAAUAUCUUCAGUAUAUUUUCGUAGUGUUUUUGUGAUGGAGUGUUCGGAGUUUUUAAGAAAUUGUGACAGCUUUUUUAGUAAUAGAACAGUAUGGAGGCUUAUCAGAAAUGGCUGUAGAAUAACAAGACAAGCAGUGUAUGCGGGUUUGUUACUGUUUUUUGUGCCAUCAGUAUUGUGCGAUGCAGAUUGGCCGAAUCACCUGACGUUCGACCAGAUUUUCAACAACACACAAUACGUUCAUCUACAACAUAGAACGCGGCCAUAUUCAACACAAUAUAACUUAGUUCACUUAAGCACGAGUCCGAGAUAUACAUUAGAAGAAAAUAACUUGGCCAGUAAAUAUAAUUUAAAUAAAUAUAAGGAUGUAGUUAGUGGCAAUAAAUAUACAAAUAGCUUAGAAGAAGAUUCUAGAGGGAAUGAAUUGGAUCUGGAUUAUGACUAUUCGUUAAAAGAUAGAGAAAAUGCAAUAAAGGUGCCGUUGCUGGUUGGAUUUUCCCAUGAUCCUUUCAGAUAUUCCGUGCCAGAAGACGAUUAUAUGAAAGGUGUCAGGCACAUGAAUCCAACAUCAAUAAUGGGCAAAGGCGAGAACCGUGGAAAACGCGGCGUACUUCACCUAUACAACAUGAUGUAUUGCGCAACAGGCUGUGAGCCCUUGGCAUACAAGGGCUAUGGUUGCUAUUGUGGCUUCUUAGGUGCAGGACGGCCUACUGAUGGCAUUGAUAGAUGCUGCAAAAUGCACGAUGAAUGCUACGAAAACAUCUACUGUCCAUUCUUCACAGUCUACUUCCAACCUUACUACUGGAAAUGUUACCGAGGCCAGCCUCUGUGUGCCCUGGAAAACUACCGCACUCAACACCAGUUUAUCAACGGCUGCGCAGCAAGACUUUGUGAGUGCGACAGACGAUUCGCCAUGUGCGUGAAAAGAUACUCUUGCCCGAAAAGAAGAGCGCUUUGCAGAUCUUCGCCUAUAAGAUUACUACAGAAUCUGUUAAUGUUUCGCUGAUGCCAACCAGACAAUCCAGUGAUGAGCAGUGGGUUCGAUGGAAAGGACUUCAUAAAGUUGGUUCUAAUUUGGGUUUUCUGGGUGUCAACAGAGUUAAUUGCGUUACUUUCGUAGUCAUAGAAAAUUCCCUAGUUUAAGACCAAAUUGCCAGACAAUGUGAUACAAGGUCAAUGAGAACGUUAAAUUUGACACUUAAAAUAUAUGUCACUUGUUUAACAGGCGUUACUUUGCGAAAAUCCAUGUUAAUAAAAAUGGAAAUAAAUUAAUUUAUUUAACGGCGCGUUAUUGAAACUGUUGAUUACUGAUUAUUGAGAUAUCGAGUACUUAGUUACUUUAUUCGCUAAAUCAAUGAUUUUAGUUAUUAUUAUUUUAGAGCAGGCAUCAAGUAUAUA